GCCCCUCCUUUAAAAUGACUAAAAAAUUAUUUUCUUUUUUUAAUAAUUACAGUCUAAUGAUGGCUGAAAAUAAAUCAAACCCAAUAUGCCAGUAUUUCAGUAACAUCAGGGAAGGCCAAGUGCAAUAUCUGCCAGAAAUUGCUGAGCAUGGGAGCAAAAAAAGGAAAGGCUAAAAAUACCACAAAUAUCUGGAAUCAUGUGAAAGUCCACCACCUCCAAGCUUAUAAAGACGCACAGAGGGAGAAAGAAGAUGCAGCUGCUUCUUCAUCCAGCUUUCAGCCCACUGUAGUACAGAUGUCUGAUGCUAAAAGAAAAUGGCAAAAUACUGAUCCCCGGUCCAAGAAAAUAGAUACCCUAAUCACAGAAAUUAUUGCCACAGACAACCAGCCCUUUACAGUUGUUGCAGAUAUUGGCUUUCAAUGCUUGCUGGCAACAAUAGAACCAAGAUAUUCAAUCAAAAGUGAAAAAUACUACCGCACAGACAUGCUGGACAGUGUGUACAAAAAGGUUACACAGUGAAUUAAGACACUAAUUGCAACAGAGAAUGCUGGCCCCUAUUUGUCCUUCACAACAGACUGUUGGUCUGGAGAAAUCGAAUCGCUUAUGAGCCUAACAUGUCAUUUUAUAGACAGUAACUGGGAAAGGAAACAAGUCAUUCUAAAUGUCAAGGCUAUGUCUGGCUCCUAUACUGGGGACUAUAUCAGGGAUAUGUUUCGUUGCAUGCUCAAUGAUUGGGACAUCAACCAAGACAGAGUGGUGCUUGUGCUGCGAGACAGUGGUGCCAACAUGAUUAAAGGCCUCAGACUGGCAGAUAUACCAAACUUAAGCUGCAGUGCACACACAUUACAGCUUGUGGUGAAAGAGGGUAUCAGCAGUCAGCGAGUAGUAGGGGACAUCAUUGCCAAAUUAAAGACUUGUGCUACACACUUUAGCCACUCUGUGCUUGCAAAGCAGCGUCUUGGAGCCAUCCAAAAAGAUCUUGGCCUCCCCCAGCACAGCAUCAUUCAGGAUGUUCCCACCCGCUGGAACUCCACAUUGCAUAUGUUGCAGAGGAUGCUGGAGCAGGAGUGUGCCCUGAAUUUCUAUGUAGCAGAACAUGGCAAGUUUACCACACCUCCAGCAGAACAAUGGGAUAUCAUCUCAAAUUUGAUAGAUACACUGGGUCCUAUUGAGGAAGCGACUUUGGAUAUCUGCAAGGCAGAGGCCUCCAUCUCCUGCAUUAUGCCAUGCAUAGCUGUACUGAAGAUGGUGCUUCAGGCAGAGGGUCACACCACAAGGGGAUAAAAACAUUUAGAGAAACCAUGUGGCAAAGCUUGGAGAGACAAUUUUCAAAGAUAGAGGAUACCAAAUGUUUGGUUCUGGCAACACUGCUUGAUCCUCGAUACAAGGGCCAUGUAUUUGCAGGGGACACAGUGAGCAAAGCAAAAACGUGGCUGCGAGAAGAGUACGCUACUGUGUCCGAGCAACAAAAAAGUGGAGAUGAAGGACCAGAACUAAAACAAACCAGGAAAAGGGUAGAAGAGGAGAAGGAGGAACCCAGUCCCUCUGGUCUUCUGGAGAAAAUGUACGAAAACAUUUUGGGGGCUCAUGGAAUUCCUGCUGAAGAGAGUGACGAGCACUU